AUGAGAUCUUCCCAGGAGGCGUACAGUCCUCUUCAUGGAAACUUCCGUACAAAUAGCUGGCUUUGCUGUAAAGCCCCAUGGGUGCCACAUCAGGGUACUACCCUGACAGAGGGAGAAGAUGGAACGAUCACGGGACGAUCUUUGCCUGUACGAUUAACCAGCUUAUCAACUGUCACUCAGUAUCAUGCUCUGGACCAACAAGGCUACGGAGGUCCAAACAAAUGCCCCCGCUCCCUCCAUGGCUGGCAGAAAAUGAUGUGCCUCCCAGAAGAGGAUGUAAGCUCUGGUAUAAAACCAAAACCAGGGGUAGCAUCCCCAGGUCCAACAGGAUAA